UUAAGGAGGAUGGACACGUGGUCAAUACAGUCUUUAACUUUCAGAGUUCUCGAGAAGGACACUCAAGUCUUGCGGAUAUAAUGUUUGGUUUGAGGCAGAGGGAUACAGGGCUAACCAAAUAUCCAGUCAGAAACCGACAACGGAUUAUAACUUACAGUGUGACCCUAGUACUUCGUCAACAUAAACCACAGUUUAUUAAUCAACUUCGUCAACAUCUCUCACAGCUGUACCCUCUGCACCCAGGGAAUAGUUCCGGUCGACUUGUGCACAUUCAUUUUCCGGAACAAAUAAACGGAACUGAAUAUAUACCCUACACUGCUCUUCUUAUAGGAUUAUUCUUCUACACCUUCUACUCUUGCAGGAAGAUUGAUCUCAUACAGUCUAAGGUUGGAAUAGCUCUAACAGCAGUUAUAACUAUUCUUGGUUCUCUUUUUAUGUCUUUAGGGCUCACGGGGCAGAGUUUAGGAGGAACAGGAUACGUAUACCUGGUUCCUUACGCAAAUGCGUUUAUUGGACUUGAAAAUAUUCUGGUAAUUACUCGUAGUAUUGUAUCAACACCAGAACAUCUCGAUGUCAAGGAAUUUUGUAUAUUUGCUGUAAUGGGUCUUCUCUGUGAUUUCUAUCUUCAACACUUCUUUUUUGUUACAGUUUUCUCCAUGGACAUCAGCAGAACUGGUUUGGUGGAUGUUCUCCGAAUGCCGCGUAACUUGUCUCGUAAACCUCGGCCCUCCUCUCAGACGUCCUCCCAGUCCCUCAGUCAACAGCAGCAACAGGCCAACAUCUUUCAGCAGCCUAUUUCAGGUCCAGGUGGACGGUAUGAAGUUGAUGGUACCUCUAGUUGUCCUAGCCUAGUUGCACCAUCACUGACGGCACCACCGCGGAAAGUUCCUAAACGGGUUCAGAUUAAUUAA